AUGAACGUCGACGAUCACGUCAUGCCUUCGGGCCAACAUUACAGCGCGAGCAAUCGCGUCCCUAAUAUCCAGCAAUUUAUGGACCAGCUUGAUGCAGAAAAGAAGGAGAGAGAUGCCGCCAUAGACUCCCAGCUAAAGGCAAACAGGUUGCACAAAGAAGUUGAAGCCCAUACUGGCUCUGAGAAACCACUAAGGAAAGACUUGCGAACCGUACGAGACCCUGUCACAGGCAAAGAUGUUCAGAUUCGGGACGCGAAGACGGAUUUCAAAGAAGCCGUUGAAAACCCCCAGUUGUCCAUUCCCAAUGAGAAUUUGGGCAAGGAGGCCACCAUUGCUACGUCCUCAACGCAGUCCGGCGAGGAGUACCGGUAUGCGCAGGAUGUCACCGCCCCCCCGGAUCCUGUUCAAGAAGGUUCCACUUCCGACGUGCCGAUAAGGAGCGAGAAAACAUCCGUUCUAUUCUACAAGACACCCUCCGUCAGCUACGAGCCCAUGUUUGCCACGUUGGAAAGGAAAGGCAACGUGCUGUGCGCCGGCAUCUUCGUCUCUGUCAUCGUUGUUGGCAAGUUCUUCGGCGGACGGCUGCUGGGCCUUGUUCCCCUGGGCUUUUGCAUUGCCUCGGGCGUGUUCCUGUGGAUAAAGGAUCUCAUUCGCCAAGGGCGGGAUCUUGAGUGGUCUAGCGAGCAAGAACGAGGCGAGACUGCGACUGUCAACCUCAUCCCAGAAUCUGUGGAAUGGAUGAAUACCAUGAUUGGGCUCAUGUGGGGGUUGAUUAACCCCGAGAUGUUUGCCUCUGUUGCUGACACGUUGGAGGACGUCAUGCAAGCCUCUGUCCCGGGCAUCGUGGAAAAUGUGCGAGUCGCCGAUAUCUCCCAAGGCAGCAAUCCAAUCCGGAUUCUCAACAUGCGAGCUUUGCCAGAUAGUCAUGUAAAGGAUAUCAAGGACGAAAUCCACAAGGAAAACAAGAAGAAAAUGGACAAAGACGAACUCGCUGCAAUUGAGCACGCUGGGGAAUUUUACAACAUGGAAGUGUCCAUUGCAUACCACGCCAGGCCUUCGGGCGAGGAUGUUGCAUCAAAGGCCAAGAACAUGGGCAUGCAGCUUGUCUUCUACCUCGGCAUCAAGGGUCUGUUUGGCGUUCCCCUUCCCAUUUGGGUCGAGCUCGUUGGUCUCGUUGCCACUGCUCGCAUCCGAUGCCAGUUAACUCCCGACCCGCCAUUCUUGAAGACUGUGUCCUUCACGCUGAUGGGGGUCCCUCACGUCCAGGCUGGCUGUACGCCCAUGAUUGAAAAGGGUGUCAACAUCUUGAACCUCCCCUUGAUCUCCAAUUUUGUGAACUGGGCCAUCGGUGCUGCAGCAUCCAUGUAUGUGGCGCCAAAGAGUAUGACGCUUGACAUGAGCAAAAUGUUGCAAGGCGAUGACAUUAAGAAAGAGACCCAAGCGCUGGGAGUCAUGUUCAUCCGAAUUCAUAAAGCUACUGGACUCAGCAAACAAGAUCAGAGAGGUAGCAAAGGCGGCGGUUCUGACCCGUACAUCACCGUCAGCUGGAGCAAGUUUGGGAAACCUCAGUUUUGCACCCGCGUCAUCCAAGAUGACCUCAAUCCUGUCUUUGAGGAAACAUGCGGCCUUCUGGUGACCAGUGACCUCAUCAAGGCAGAUGAACAGCUAUCAAUGGAGCUCUGGGACAGCGACCGAUCUUCAGCUGAUGAUGUUGUUGGCAAGGUAGAACUCAGCAUUCAAAAGCUCAUCCAGCAUCCUGGAAAGAUGUUCCCCCAGAUUUCAAAGCUUCGUGGAGUCAAGGCCGACAGCACUAUGCCGGGUGAACUUCACUGGGAAGUUGGCUUCUUCGGCAAGACGCAGUUCCGCAAGGCUCUUCGUACCCACGGAAAGGACUUGAAGCUGCCCAAGGAACUCGUCGAUAAGGCCGAAUUUCAGGAGGAAAAGGGUACCAUCACCAACGAACAAGAGGAUGCCGUUGUGCAUACUCCUCCUGAUCCUCUCUGGCCUUCGGGUAUCCUUAGCGUCGUCGUCCACCAAAUCGUCGGCCUCGAGCUUGCUAAUAUCAAGGGGUCGGAUGGGAAGCGCAAAGGCAAGGAGUACGAGCCUGCUCGACCCGAGGCGGGUGAGGUAAAGGAAGAGCAAAGUCGAAAACUCCCCAGUUCGUAUUGCACUAUUCUUGUUAAUGAUGAUUUGGUAUACAAGACACGUGUAAAGGUGGUGUCAUCUCAGCCCAUCUUCAACGCUGGUACAGAGAAGUUUAUCCGAGACUGGAGGUCUAGCGUGGUCACUGUUUCGGUGCGAGAUUCUCGUAAUCGUCAGCACGACCCCUUGAUUGGCGUCGUGCCGCUAAAGCUGUCAGACAUCUUGCAGACGAGUAGUGAAUCAACCCGAUGGUACCCCCUUGACGGAGGCAUUGGGUUCGGCCGUAUCCGAAUUUCUAUCCUCUUCCGCUCAGUUGAACUCAGGCUUCCACCCCCUCAGCUCGGUUGGGAUAUUGGAACCUUUGAGUUCCUGUCCGAAGCGAUUACAACGACUGGAUACGCUCCCGUUUCCAAGGUCAAGCUCAGGCUGAGAACCGGAGGGUCCUCCGCAAGUGUUAAGCGACAGUUUUCCACAAGGGACGCUGAUGGCCUCAAGAUUGAUAUUUCUGGCAGUCAGGAUGGCAAGAUCAUGCGUCUCCCGGUUCGCCAUCGAUACAGAUCGCCAAUUUUCAUUGAAUUUUAUCCAGCGGGGAGCCGACACGCAGAUGCCUACGCCGCCUUGUGGCUGCUGGAGCUUGUGGACGGCGAAGAAAGGGACUUUGAUGUGCCGAUUUUCAAGUGUGACAACAGCGUCCGCCUUUCGCAGAACUACAUCACCCAGGAGAACUACAGGGAGAUUCCAGAUACGUACAUCGAACAAGUCGGCAGAGUCAAGUUCAGGGGCCGCUUUUCCGCAGGCACAGAUUCUGACCACAUCCGGUUUGUCAGCGACAACGACUCCAGGGAGACAAUCGAAAGCUGGGAGGCCUGUUACGCGGAGGGCGUCAGACAACAGGAAGUCCGCGCCGAGGUGCCCCCGCUUGUGCAAAAGCUGCACGACCAGUCGCUCACCCAGGGCCGUGAUGUCCUCGCGCAGGCCGACGACAAGGAGAAGGAGAGGUGGAUGGCCAAGGAUGGCACCGACUGGAGCGGAGCGUUCGGACAAGACCCAAAGCAGCUUAUGGCUCGACGAGCUGAGGAUCAAGGAGACGGUGAAGAGUACGAUGACUUUGAUGAGGAUGGGGAUUAUGACGAUAACGAUGACGACGACGACGACGACGAUAAUCCCAACCUUGGUAUCCACGACGCGGCAUCAGAGCCGUCUCACCCGUCUGAGGGCAGUGAUGCUGCCCGUCAGUCCAUGGACACGGAUAUCACGAGUGGUAGCGGCGCCUCCCAGACGGGUAGCAGCAAGAAUCCGUACAAGACUUACAAGGAUUACAAGGGCCAUAGCAGGGAUUUGCAUCGCAAGCACAGAGGCUUGAUGCAGUGGCGUCCGAUGCGCAACGUCCAGUUUGCCAAAGACGAGGCCAAGUUUGCCUUGAGAAAAGUCACUAAGCUCGGGGCACUUGAUGGUCGUGAACCGGAUGUGGAAACCGAAGUCUGA